UCAGAAAAACCACAAGCUACAGAAACAAGUGCACAAACACCAACAACAACACACCCGGCAUCAGGAAAUGAAGCAACACACUCUACAGAAACAACAUCACAACCAUCAAGUACAUCACCUGCAUCACCACAACAACAAAACCAACCUUCAUCAGUCUCAACACCAUCAGGAAAUGGACAAAAAACAGAAAAAUCAAAUGAACAAAAACCACAAAAAGAAGACUCAAAAGGACAACCUCAACAACCACCAAGUCAACCAAAUUCAUCAGCAAAACCAAGUGAAGAAACGUCACCAACUCAAACAACAAACAACCCAACACAAAUAAGUCCAUCAACUUCAACUCAACAACCAAAAGGAAAUAAAGACACACAACAAAAAGAUGAACCACCAAAAGAACAACCACAAAAUCAACCACAAGAUAAUGGAAAACAAGAUCAUAAUAAACCAGAACCACAACAACAAAAUCAUCCACAACAAAAUGAAAAACAAGAUAAUAAAAAUACAACUACUUCUGAUAUUUCACAUGAUAAAACUAUUGUUAGUUCUGUUGAUAGUUCUGAUAUUCCUAAUAAUAUUGAUGGGACAUCAGGUAUGUUUAUGUUGUUGGCUUUUGUUAUUCAGUUGAUCUUCUUCUAA